AUGGAGAAGCAGCAUCAGGAGUAAGAAGAGAAGGAUAGAUUAGAGAAAAUCAGAAAGGAACAGGAAUUAUAUGAGGAGCUAUAGAGGGAAAAAGAAAAGAAAAAAGAUUAAAAGAAAAAAAAUAAAGCAAAGAGUGAGUAGUAAAAAUAUCAUCAUAAUCAAGAAGAAAAACUGUUUGAUGAGAAUAUUGAUAACCAUAUUCAUUUUCAGGCUCUUGACCCAAAUAGCAUUGAUCUCAGUAAUAUUCAGAUGGGACAUCCAGGAAUGGACAUGGGAAUGAAUAUGGGAAGUGAUAUGGAUGAUGAAGAUGAACUGUGA